AUGAUCUCGAUCCUGCUGUUGUCUUCGCUGGUGGCUGGAGUCCUCACCUCUGAUGUCACCACAGUCGAGUCCCAGCAGUCUAGAGUGGUUGGAGGUGAAGAAGCAAAGGCCAACAGCUGGCCUUGGCAGGUCUCCCUGCAGUACAGCUCCGGCGGCUCAUGGUACCACACCUGCGGAGGGUCCCUGGUGCACAACCGCUGGGUUCUGACAGCUGCCCACUGCAUCAGCUCCUCCAGGACCUACCGUGUGGUGCUGGGCCGACACAGCCUCUCCAAGGCAGAGACUGGCUCCGUGACGGUCAGUGUCUCCAAGCUGGUGGUGCAUGAGAACUGGGACGCCAACAAAGUCGCCAACGGCUAUGACAUCGCCCUGAUCAAACUGGCCAGUGCCGUCACACUGACAAGCAAGAUCCAGACUGCCAACCUCCCACCUGCUGGCACCAUUCUGGCCAACAACUAUCCCUGCUAUGUGACAGGCUGGGGCAGACUGCAGACCAACGGGGCCAGCCCUGACGUCCUGCAGCAGGGCCGGCUGCUGGUGGUGAGCUAUGCCACCUGCUCUAGCUCUAGCUGGUGGGGCAGCACUGUGAAGAACAACAUGGUGUGUGCCGGAGGCGAUGGGAUCACCUCCAGCUGCAAUGGCGACUCAGGAGGACCACUCAACUGCCAGGACUCCAGCGGCAAAUGGCAGGUGCACGGCAUAGUCAGCUUCGGGUCCUCCCUCGGCUGCAACUACUACCGUAAACCCUCCGUCUUCACCCGGGUCUCCUACUACAAUGCUUGGAUCAACUCGGUGAUUGCCAAUAACUAA